GGAACAUGUCAUGGGGGUCGAAUCCUACAGCCAGUUUACGACAUUGAUGUAGUAGUACCUGUAGCUAAGCCUCAGCUUGCUAUGAAAACUGUGAUCUUCUGUGUUGACGUUUGUCCUUGGCCAUCACAAUGAUGAACCCUUUAGACGCGCUAUCAUUAGCAGGCACAAUUAUCCAGUUCGUGGAUUUUAGCUCGAAGGUAUUGGAUGGGACUAUUGAGCUCUACAGAUCGGGCGCUGAGACGUUGGCCGUUCACCAGCAAUUGGGUUUUGUGGCGGAUGAUCUAGCUAAGAUUUCCAAGAGACUCUCGGAUUCAUAUUGGGGCUUAUCUGGAGUGGGUGUCAUCUCUACAACAUCAGAUGAUGCAUUCAUGUUUAUCUGCAGAGAUGCAUCGGAAUUGUCCGCUGAAUUGAAAAACAAGAUAAACAAUCUGAAAGUGACAGCUAUUGGCAGGCGGAGGAAAUGGGAGACUGUCAUGCAAGCGCUGAAGUCAGUUUGGACUGAGAAGGAAUUGACAGCUUUAACUAAUCGUUUAGAAUUGUUGAGAGAUUCGAUUCAGAUGCAUAUUGUUGUAGAUCUUCGAGAUCAGCUCAAAUCCAUGUCGUCGACCCAAGAAGUUGGCUUCGACCGCCUCGAAUCUAGUACUAAGACUAUCAUUAAUGCCCUUCUCACGCAUCAAGAUGAAGUCAGCAAAGGAAUCCAAGAUCAAACGAUAGCAAUCACCCAGUUGCUCGGCAGGAUGGAGAUUCUAGCUGAGAAACACACAUUUCCUCCGAGUAUUGUGCAUCAUGCCGAUAAGCUUGAAUUUGACCCGAAACAAAGUCUUUUAAUGGUAAGGGAGCAAACGUCUCAAGAGCAACUGUUGUGCAAAACUUUGUGGCAGGAGAAAGCUAUCCGCUUGCAGGUCGCUCAAACCCUUCUCCAGAGCUUGAAGUUUCCGGCAUUGAAGGAACGUGAAGAAAGUAUCGCAGAUGUGUAUCUUGGAACUUUUGAGUGGUUGUUUGAGGAUACCCAUGGCUCUGCACCGUGGUCUAGUUUCGUACAUUGGUUGCAACACGAAUCCGGUAUUUAUUGGGUUAAUGGUAAGGCGGCUUCUGGUAAAUCAACAUUGAUGAGGUUCAUUUGUGGAAAUAGCAACACGAGAAAGCUCUUAGAGAAAUGGUCGGCUCCACUGCCUUUGGUUAUAGCCAGUUUUUACUUUUGGAAUAGCGGUACUAUUGAACAGAGGUCACAGAAUGGUCUACUUCGAGCGCUUCUCGCGGAAAUUCUCGAAAAUUUGCCCGAUCUUCUUCCCGUCUGCUUUCCCAAAAGAUGGGCAAACAUUUACAAUGAAUUGGUUACACCCUUUACUGAAGCAUAUCACCCAAGUCGUUCAAAGGAUAUCGAACCUUGGAAUUUGAACGAACUAGAAGUUGCAAUGCGCACUCUCAUGAGCCAAGACAUGCAGAACUUCAAAAUUUGCCUGUUCGUUGAUGGUCUUGACGAAUAUGACGGACGACCUUCAGCUAUUGCGGAAUACUUUUGCAUGCUCUCUCAAGUACCGUGGCUGAAGAUAUGCCUCUCCAGUCGUCCACUACUUCCGCUUGAUGAUGUUUUUGGAUCUGGGCCAUCAUUGCGGCUGCAGGAUCUGACAAGAACUGAUAUAUAUCAUUAUGUCAAGUCCAGUCUUCAGAAUGAUAUCAAUUAUCAGCGUUUGUACAUGAGGCAGCCAGUCCAAGCGUCGACUAUAAUCAGAAAAAUCGUAUCGCGAGCAGACGGAGUUUUUUUGUGGGUUAAGCUCGUCUUACAGGAAAUCAUAAGAGGCCUCACAAAUAGAGACACAUUCCAGGAUCUAGAGGAACGUAUACAGGUUGUUCCACAAGGCCUGGAAGAAUUGUUCUCGUCGAUGCUUGACAGCAUUGAUUCGUUCUACAGCAAGAAAGCCGCAACGAUCUUUCUCAUUGUACGGGCUGCCAACAUGAGUAAGAAGAGCGUAAAAACACUGGAUACCUUGAGCCUUUCCUUUGCUCUUGAUUAUGAAACCGAUCGAAUUGCGACUGUUAAAUUUAACUUGCAGGAGUUAGGAAAUAGGAACGUAGAAAUUGGCGAUCAUUUAAAAGCACGGUGUGCAGGCUUACUAGAGAUUGGUCGAAGAUAUUCUCCAGGUUUUGAGUAUCUCGGAUAUCGAGUCCUAUAUCUUCAUCGUAGUGUCCGGGAGUAUUUGGAGCGCCCGGAUAUACACCGAAGGUUUUCGGAUCAAAUUUCAGAAUCAGAUUUUGAGCCCUACACUCCGCUUGUAUGCUCAUAUGUCAAAGAACUUGAGAUUUCUGAAGCCCGGAGAAACAUCUUGAAUCAACUUUCCGGACUUUCUCUCUUUAUGGCGACAGUUCUUCAUUACGCUCGUGAGGCAGACAUCGCACGCUCAAAUGCUUACAUAGAGCCACUGGAUAGAUUCGCAACAUUGACACACGCUCCGAGAUUCAAAAGUUCAAUCUGGAGGCCAUGGGAAUUCUCUUCUUUCUUGCACAUUGCAGUUAACUGGGAUCUUUGCGCAUACGUCAAAAUGAAGCUGGACCAAAUUACCACGAAGGAAAAAGUCUCUAUAAUUCAACGUGUCUUGCCAUACGCCCUUGCCGCAACGGAUGAGUAUUACAUGCCGGGUAUGGAACAAAUGGAGAAUGCAGAUUAUCUUCGAGACCGAGUUCCCCCAAGUCCUCGCAUGGUAGGAUUACUCUUGGCCCAUGGAGCUCAGCCUAAUAGGAAGAUAAAAGAGAUCUCCGCCCUCCGCGAAUGGACCGCGUUCGAGAUAACAAUCCGCAACGUUUGCGCAAUUCUUCCACGAGCGGAUAACGGAGCCAAUUCUCUACAAAGUCUUUCAGACGAGGACAAAUCUCUCGUAUCGAACCAUUUAGAAAUUGUCCAAGUUAUGCUGGACAAUGGGGCCGAUUCCAAUACAUGCCUCAACUAUCAGGGCAGAAUAAUAACUUCGAGGAAGUUGCUGACUGAGAGAAUGAGAAAACAUUGGAGAGAUAAAGAGUCGACUGUAGAUGAAAUGUUUAGAAAUAAAGGUGGUAAAUUGGAGCCUUCAAUGAUUAGGAAAUGGAUAAUGACUCAUUGAAAGUACUAGACUAGGACACUGUCCAAAAAUAGAUGUUACAUGUUCCCCUUUUGUUAAUUCUGGUCAUUUCA